AUGCAACCGUCAACUCAGCAUUCGCGGGUGAAUCUCGUGGAGUUGAAAGUUCAGAUAGUGAAGAGAAUUGGGGCAGAGAGGUCGAAGUUGUACUUCUAUUAUUUGAAUAAAUUUUUGAGUUUGAAGCUGAGCAAGGCUGAGUUUAAUAAGCUCUGUGUUCGUGUUAUUGGGAAAGAUAAUGUGCUGAUACAUAAUCAAUUUAUACGUUCGAUUUUGAAAAAUGCUUGUAAUGCCACUGUCCCGCCGCCGCCACCAAGUCGUGAUAAGGAGGUUCCUACAUCUGCAAGUGAUGGGUCGUAUUCGUAUCCAAAUGGGAAUGCGGAUCUUGCUUCUCAUCACUCAACAGUUACAGAUGAUAAUAUAGCCUCAGAAGAUGGUAUACAGAAGCUGGUGCAGCAUCAUCAAGAAGGGGAAGUUUUCCACCACCCUGCUAAAUUACCACUAAUAAAACAGUCAACAGAUGGUUUAGUUUCUGUACAUAGUAAAGAACAGAGUGAAAUAUCUGAGAUAUCUACUGUAACUCCACUUCGGGCACCACUUGGAAUUCCAUUUUGCACCGUGAGUGCAGGUGGUUCCCAUAGGCCCUUGACUCUAGCAAGCAAAGAUAGAUGUGCUAGCUCAUAUGAUAGUGGUGGAUUGCUGGACACACAGACGCUAAGAGAGCGAAUGCAGCAACUCGCUACAGCACAUGGCCUUCAUGAUGUAUCCAUGGACUCUGCCAGUUUACUGAACAGUGGCUUGGAUGCUUACUUGAAAAGGCUGAUCAAGUCCUGCAUUGAACUCAUUAAUAGAAAGCGUGGAUGUGAUUAUUCGACAAAAAGUAAUUCCCAGAAGAACCAUUCUGAGAGUAAGCAUGUUAAUGGUUUUCUGCCUGGCCAUCAUUUUCAGGUGCAAAGUAGCAAUAUGAUUUUGAAUGGAAAACAAGAACAGAGAUCCCACUUCCCAAUAUCGUUACUGGAUUUCAAGGUUGCAAUGGAGCUUAACCCACAGGAGCUUGGAGAAGACUGGCCCUUGCUGCUGGAGAAAAUAUGCACGCACCCAUCAGAAGAAUAA